AGGAUCCGAGCCUGCUUCUCUCUUCUUGAACCGUGUUUGGCUGGCUAGGCUGCUGACCAGCCACUCGCGGCCAGCAUAUACCAGCUCGAGAAGGCAAUCCACCUGCCCGCCGGCGACGCCGAGUCCCAGCCGCUAAUUCAGAACGAUGACCCGGAAGCCGUCUUCAGCCGCGCGCUUGACGUGGAGCUGGAGAAGAUAACGUCCUUCUACGUUUUGAAAGAGAAGGAGUUGUUGGACGAGGUGGAACUGCUUCUCAAGGAUAUUCACGAGUUCCAGGAUGAGUCAGGCGCCACGGAAGAAGCGCGGCUGCCCCCCGAGCCCAGCGAGAGAGCCCGUUCCGAGCGGCUGCGGCGCCACAGCAUGCGCAGCCAGCUGUCGACCGAGGACGGCCUGGAUGAGGACAGCGACGAUGAAGGCGACGAGGAGACUGGUCUUACCGCCAGGAGACGGAGGGGCAGUUCCGGGAGGCGCAGGACGAUCCAGAAUCCCAUGAUGGCAUCGACCGACCUGACGGCGUCGACGGAUCUCACCCGGUCGCUUCGCCGGUACAGCAUGGCCUACGACGACUACGCCGAGCAGGCUGUCCUGUUCUCGUCGGGGAUCAUGCUCAAGAAGCGCAUGAUCAACCUCUACGUGCAGCUAUGUGAACUCAAGUCGUUCAUCCAGCUUAACCGGACCGGCUUCAGCAAGGUCCUCAAGAAGUUCGACAAGAUCAUCGAUCGCAGGCUGCGGUCCAGGUACAUGGAUACCUUCGUCGACACGGCCUGCCCCUUCCGUCCCGAGACCAUGAAGGGCUUGGAAGACCGGAUUGCGGAGAUUGUCCGCGCCUAUACUGCUGUUGUUACCAACGGCGACGCGGACACGGCAAUCCGCGACCUGAGGUCGCAUCUGCGAGAGCAUGUUGUGUGGGAGCGCAACACCGUCUGGAGAGAGCUGAUCGGAAUGGAGCGGCGAGCCGAGGCUGCCAGCUUGGGGCACACCCUGCUGGGCCGAGACACGGACCCCAAGAAGACGCGCCUUCAAGGCGACGACGAGAUCGUGCUGCCGACCAAGGAGAUUUCCACGCCGUUGGGCCGCUUCAUCUGCCCCACGUGGCUGGUCACGUCCACAACCUUCACCCUCCUCGUCGUCGUCACCCUCUUCUUCGCGCUCCUCUAUAUCCCGAUCAUGCAAAAGCCCGAACAGCAGAACUGCCUCGCCAUGCUGGUGCUCGUCAGCUUGCUCUGGGCCACCGAGGCGCUCCCCUUAUUCGUGACGUCGCUCAUCAUCCCCUUCUUGUGCGUGGUCUUGCAGGUGUUCCGUGACAAGGACAAACCGCAUCAGAGGCUAGGCUCUAAAGAGGCUACUGCCGCCGUCUUUGCCGCCAUGUGGACGCCCGUCAUCAUGCUGCUUCUCGGCGGUUUCACCAUCGCCGCGGCCCUCUCCAAGUGCUACAUCGACAAGCGCAUCGCCACCUUUGUUCUCAGCAAGGCCGGCACCCGGCCCAAGACGGUCCUCAUCGCCAACAUGGCCGUCGCCGCGGUGGCCAGCAUGCUCAUCAGCAACGUGGCCGCCCCGGUCCUCUGCUUCGGUCUCAUCGAGCCCAUGCUGCGCAACCUGCCCUCCGGCUCGCCCAUGUCCAAGGCCGUCAUCAUCGGGAUUGCGCUCGCCUCUAACAUCGGCGGCAUGCUCUCGCCCAUCGCGUCCCCGCAAAACGUCGUCGCCAUCGGCAUCAUGGAGCCCGAGCCCACGUGGGGCCAGUGGUUCUUCAUCGUCAUUCCCGUCGGCAUCAUCUCCAUCCUGCUCAUCUGGGUCCUCCUGCUGCUGGCGUUCCAGCCCGGCCGCGGCACCACCAUCGUCCCCGUGCGCGCCGUGCGCGACCCCUUCACGGGCGUCCAGUGGUUCGUGUCGGCCGUCACCAUCGUCACCAUCAGCCUGUGGUGCGCCUCGCACACCCUCGAGGGCGUCUUCGGCGACAUGGGCGUCAUCGCCAUCAUCCCCAUCGUGCUCUUCUUCGGCGUCGGCAUCCUCACCAAGGAAGACUUCAACAACUUCCCCUGGACCAUCAUCAUGCUCGCCGCCGGCGGGCUCUCCCUCGGCAAGGCCGUCAACUCGUCCGGCCUGCUGCACACCGUCACCGAGGCCAUCACGGAGCGCGUGCAGGACUUCAGCCUCUACGGCGUCCUCGUCGUCUUCUCCAGCCUGAUCCUCGUCAUCGCCACCUUCAUCAGCCACACCGUCGCCGCCCUGAUCAUCCUGCCGCUCGUCUACAACGUCGGCAAGGACCUCGACGAGCCCCACCCCAACCUGCUGGUCAUGGCCGGCGUGCUGAUGUGCAGCGCCGCGAUGGCCCUGCCCACUAGCGGGUUUCCUAACAUGACCGCCAUCAUGAAGGAAGACCCCGCCGGCCGGCGCUACCUGCAGGUCAAGCACUUCAUCGCCGUCGGCGUGCCCAGCAGCGUGCUCACGCUCGGCGUCGUCAUCACGGUCGGCUACGCCGCCAUGCGCGUGACCGGCUUGUGAGCACGGGGCGGGGCAGGGCGCAACUCGGUCUCGGGAUUUACCAUGGAGCCAUGGAGGGAAAUAUGUGAAACCGUGGUUUCUCAUUCCUCUUGUUUCUUGGUUGUGGUUUCGGUUUUGGGUUUUGCAAGGGCGUUCCUCUCUGUCGGAGUAACACCUGGAGCG